AUGAGCUGCAAGUCCAUGGCCAAGAUGAGGGGAAUCCUGGUCUUGGGGCUCCUGUUGGCUACUUCCAGCUGCCUUGGCCACCAUGAGGACCUGGCCAAGUGCUUCCUGGACCCUGAGUACGAGUCCAUCGUUGUCACAGCCCAGGAGGGCCUCCACACCUCCCCACGGCCCAAGCGCGUGGUGGUGGUGGGAGCUGGCAUGUCCGGCCUGGUGGCAGCCAAGGCCCUGCAGGACGCUGGCCACCAGGUUUCCAUCUUGGAAGCCAGCAACCGUGUCGGGGGCCGAGUGGUCACAAUCAGGAACGAGGAGGAGGGCUGGUACCACGAACUGGGGCCCAUGCGAAUCCCAAAGUCCCACAGGCUGGUUCACACCUAUGUCAAGAAGCUGGGCCUGACGCUGAACAAUUUCAUCCAUUACAAUGACAAUGCCUGGUACCUCGUCAAUGGACAACGCUAUCGCAUGAGAGAGGUCAAGGCCAACCCAGAGAUCCUGGGCUACUACCCCACGGAGAAGGGCGACAAUGCUGAGACUCUCUCCCACCAGUCCACUACCAGACAAAGUCUGAAAAAUUUCAACUGCAGCCACCUGAUGUCCUCUUCUGACUCCAUCAAGGCUCACCUGCUGAAAGAAGGGAUGCUGAACCCAGGAGCAGUCAGGAUGAUCAGUGAUGUGAUGAGUGAGGAUGUUGAAUUCUUUAAGUCGUUCCUAGAAUCUGGGAAAUCUGACAUCAUCUUCUUCAAAAGUGAUGACUUUAGCGAGAUCACAGGUGGCUUCGACCAGCUUCCCGAAGGCCUCAGUGCCAGCUUGAAGCCUGGCACCAUGCAUCUGGGCUCCAGGGUGGAGACGGUAGUGAGGGAUGGGCCUGAGGUCCACAUUUCCUACCGGGCGGGCAAGUCCACUUCUGCACUGCACAACCUCACAGCGGAUUUUGUCAUAAUCUCCGCCUCAGCCAGUGCCACAAGCCUCAUCACCUUUAUGCCACCACUCUCACUAGACAAGGUGGACGCGCUCCGCUCGGUGCAUUACAUCAGCGCUACCAAGGUGGUUCUGGCCUGUAAAGAGCCCUUCUGGGAGCGGGAUGGCAUCCAGGGCGGGGUCUCCAUCACCGACGGGCCCUCGCGCUACAUCUACUACCCCAGCCACAGCCUUCCCAGCGGCAAGGGUGUCCUGCUGGCCUCCUACACUCUGGGCAAUGAGUCCCUCUUCCUCACGUCCAUGAAGCAUGACCAGGUGGUGGAUAUCGUCCUGGGGGACCUGGCGGCGGUGCACCAGAUACCCAAGGAGACGCUGCGGCACAUGUGCCCCUCCUCUGUGCUCAAGCACUGGUCUCUGGAUCCCCUCCUCACGGGCGCCUUCGCUGAGUUCACACCCUUCCAAUCUAAGGACCAUUUGCUGCUGCUCUCCCAGCCAGAGGGCCGAAUCCACUUUGCUGGCGAGCACACCUGCCUGCCCCAAGGCUGGAUAGACACUGCCAUCCAGUCCGGCCUCCGGGUAGCCAGGAACAUCCAGGCUGCCGUGGACGAGGAGGCCAGAGGAGGUCAGGGGAGGCCAGGGGAGGCCAGAGGAGGCCAGAGGAGGCAGACCUUUGCCAACACCCAGAACAGUUUCUAA